GCGCGCCAGUCCCGUGCGCGUCCCCGUCGCCGCAGCACCUGUGCGCGCGCUCGCAGCCUGCCGCCUGCCGCCUCGCCUCACACACGACACACACUCUAUGAAAUAACAAUGAAUUCCCACACUGUCCCCCUCGCAGCUGUGUUACUAUAAUAGUUUAUGUGAUCGCCACCGGCCCAGUGCUCUCCCGGCCGCUCGACCGGUCCAGAUCGGGAAGCUGCGCCGGCCUCACGCCCGACUACAGUGGAAUGCGGCAAUUUUAACUACUGCGGACCCCGGAGACCCAUAUAAGAAUAGGGAUCGAACGAUUACAAUCCCAGCAGUAAGAGCCUGGCGCCUGACGGUGGUCGGAUACGGAGCACUGGUGAUGCAUCAACGAUGAGUCGCCGCGCGCGGCCGUGACAUGGGAGCGCAGGCAUGGGCUGGCGCGCCGUGCAACCGCCGCACAUCGCCGCCGGCUUGCUCCUACUGCUGCUAGUUAACCUGCCAGUAACCUGCCACCAAGACCACCAAGAUGCUGUGCACAUCACGGCCAUCCUCGGCGAGAGCGUGGUGUUCAACUGCCAGGUGGACUUUCCGGAAGACAUCCCGGUGCCGUACGUGUUGCAGUGGGAGAAGAAGGUAGGCGAAACGGGACAGGACAUCCCGAUCUACAUCUGGUACGAGAGCUACCCGACGCACAGCGGCGAGGGCUACGAGGGCCGGGUGUCGCGCGUGGCGCCGGACUCGCCCUACGGCGCGGCCAGCCUCAACCUCACUAAUAUCCGCGAGUCUGAUCAGGGUUGGUACGAGUGUAAGGUGGUGUUCCUCAACAGGUCACCCAACCAGCAUAAAAAUGGCACAUGGUUCCACUUGGACGUGCACGCGCCACCACGCUUCUCCAUCACACCGGAAGACAUUAUUUACGUUAAUUUAGGAGAUGCCAUCAUCCUCAACUGCCAGGCAGAGGGCACGCCCACGCCGGAGAUCCUGUGGUACAAGGACGCGAACCCCGUGGAGCCGUCAGGAACUGUGGGCAUCUUCAACGACGGCACGGAACUGCGCAUCAGCAACAUCAGACACGAGGACAUCGGAGACUACACGUGCAUCGCGCGCAAUGGCGAGGGACAGGUGUCGCACACCGCGCGGGUCAUCAUCGCUGGGGGAGCCGUUAUCACUAUGCCGCCAACAAACCAGACAAAGUUAGAAGGAGAGAAAGUUCAGUUUUCAUGUGAAGCAAAAGCAUUACCCGGUAAUGUGACCGUGAAAUGGUUCCGUGAAGGCGCGCCGGUGGCCGAGGUGGCAGCACUGGAGACCAGGGUCACCAUCCGACGUGACGGAGCGCUCGUCAUCAAUCCUGUCGCUGCCGACGAUUCGGGCCAGUAUCUGUGCGAAGUGUCCAACGGAAUAGGCGACCCGCAAAGCGCAUCGGCCUAUUUGAAUGUUGAAUACCCAGCGAAAGUAACGUUCACACCGACCGUGCAGUAUCUCCCCUUCCGGCUAGCAGGAGUAGUGCAGUGUUACAUAAAGGCGAACCCUCCCCUGCAGUACGUCACGUGGACGAAGGACAAGCGACUGUUGGAACCUUAUCAGACCAAGGAUAUUGUGAUCAUGAACAACGGUUCCUUACUGUUCACCAGGGUCAACCAGAACCAUCAGGGUCGAUAUACUUGUACACCUUACAACGCACAAGGAACUCAAGGGUCAUCUGGUCCGAUGGAAGUUUUAGUUCGUAAACCACCUGUGUUCACAGUGGAGCCAGAACCGCUGUACCAAAGAAAGGUGGGCGAGUCGGUGGAGAUGCACUGCGAGGCGCAGGAGGCGGAGGGCACGCAGCGGCCGAGCGUGACGUGGCGGCGCCGCGACGGCCUGCCGCUGCAGAAGUCGCGCGUGCGCGCGCUGCAGGGGAACAUCACCAUCGACACGCUGCGCCGCCAGGACUUCGGCAUCUACCAGUGCGUCGCCUCCAACGAGGUGGCGACGAUAGUGGCGGACACGCAGCUGGUGAUCGAGGGCACGCAGCCGCACGCGCCGUACAACGUGUCGGGCACGGCCACCGAGUUCCAGGUCACGCUGCGCUGGCAGCCCGGCUACGCGGGCGGGCCCGACUACAAGCAGGACUACACCAUCUGGUACCGGGAGGCCGGCUUCUCCGAGUGGACCAAGGUGCCCGUCACGCCCUCUGGUGCUACUUCUGUCACAAUAAACCGACUGCAACCUGGAACCACGUACGAGUUUCAAGUGAACAGUAAGAAUACGAUAGGAGAAGGAAUGAUGAGUAAAGCUAUUACAAUAAGAACUCUUGAUGUAGGCGCCAAGCCGAAGGCGCCCCCCACCCCGGCGGGGCCGGUAGACGAAAAGAUAUUCCAAAACGCACCCGAAGGCUCCGGUCCGAAGUCAGGUCCGCCGCGCAACCUGACGGUGACGGAGGUGCACAACGGGUUCCUGAUCACGUGGCAGGCGCCGCUGGAGCGCUCGCACCUGGUGCAGUACUACACCAUCAAGUACCGCACCGACGCGCAGUGGAAGACCCUCAACCGAGGACAGAUACGGCCCGAGGAGACCAGCUACUUGGUGAAGAACCUGGUGGGCGGGCGCACGUACUACUUCCGCGUGCUGGCCAACUCGGCGACGAGCUACGAGAGCUCGGAGGAGGUGAAGUUCCCGGUGCCGGCGCGGGUGAAGCACAAAGCCAUCACGGCGGGCGUCGUCGGCGGCAUCCUGUUCUUCAUCGUCGCCAUCAUCCUCUCCGUGUGCGCCGUCAAGAUCUGCAACAAACGUAAACGACGUAAGCAGGAGAAAGAAAUUAUUCGAUUGCAGCAUACAACAUGGUAGCCGCGCGACUGACAGAUCUCCGCGCCGCUGAUAGCACUCAAGUGCCUUUUAAGAAAUUUAGAGAACGCGGAAUAUCGAGUAUAGUGCAAUGUUUGCGGUUCACUGCAAACUGGGUGUGGCCCGCGUCGCGCUGCGGGGGCUCGGUGCGGUACUGGGCGUCGGCGCGGCGCGUGUCGGCGGCGCCCUCCGGCUCGCCGGCGCCC